AUCACAAAGGGAGACAGAGACGUAGAAGCUUAGAGAUACGAGAAGCUGAGGCAUCCCUGUUUCUGUGGACAAACCUCUCAAAUACAAGAGUUACUCUCAGGACUCAUCAAGGAGAACCAGUGGAGGUGAUAAACCUGAGACAGAUCUCUGUACAGCUGACAAGAUGCCAAUCAGUAGUGUGCUGGAGAAGAGCAAUGGUGUGGUGGUCGGUGCUGAGCUGACCUGCAGUGUGCGGGAGGAGAACAAGGCUCAGAGAGAGAGCUACAGCGCUGACUGGCACAGUGUUAGCUUCAAGACUCAACCUCAGGAAAGACAGACCAUGAACAUGAACGACAACUCCCGCAGAGAGACUCUGUCCAGGCAGUGGCAGGUCCGCUCUCUGAUACAGACCUGCCCCUCUGGUGUCUUCAGGGUCGGCACAGUAGAAAGAGGGGUUAGGGAGCACCAGCUGCUACCAAAGAGAAAUACCCUCCCGCUGCCCAUCUUUAUGCCUGCAGAGCUGGGAGUUAGACUUGGACGUGGAGCCCCACACACAGAGGAUGACCUGCAGCCCUUCCCCACACCAGACGGAGUCUGUCACAACAAGAGAACCGUGGACGAGAUCACCAGAGACCUUCCUCCUGUCAAGCCAAGUCUCAUGGAGUUUGCAAAAGAACCCAAAGCCCUGGGUCGAUCUAUGUCCCUGGAGGUUCAGAGAGGCUGAAACAUGGGAUAACAGGAAAAGAGGGAAUGCUGAGAAAUUAGAAAGAUAACAGAUGGGAAAGAGCAUGUCAGGAAAGAUGUACAUACAAAGAGCAAUUUCUAGAAAAAUUUGCCAUCCUAGAACUUUAGCACCCUUAAUGCCACACUUUGUUGAUGGUGGAAUUUGAUGUCAGUGGUAUUAGAUGUAGUUAUGUGAAAGUAUUUGCACUGUGACAUAGGUGCAACUGUACGGUGGGCUAACCUUUGCCUGUAUUAGCCAGCUGUCCCCAUCAUAUCUCCUGAUGUCUCAGUGUGAUGCAACAGUUACUCCCACUAGUGCAUUUUUAAUGGAAAGUGCUGGUUUAAUCAAAGAUCAAGUCAGUGAUAUGUGACCACAAAUGGCAAAUGAUGUCGAAACAAAGAAACAGGUGUUAGAAAGGAUGGAAAGUAGGAAAGAGAGCCAGAGAUGUGGAGAGGUGAGGGGUGAGGAAACAUGCCUUGGAGUUGGUCACCCUCCAGGACUCCCGAAGCUUCUGCCAGCCCCUGAUCUGUGUGAAGAGAACAGAAUGCGCUGGCAUUACACUGCAGCUGUACACAAGUGUGUUCCUGUGUGUGUGUGUACGUGUGCCGACUGACAUCUCUUAUUAAAAAGACAUAGGAAAACCAAUAACCUGUUCUUUACUCUGUAUUAAUUGACCUGCCUUGUUAGUUAAGUGGUAACACUUAUCUUAUAUCUGAUAGAAGAAUAGAUAUUGUAAUAGCCAAAAUUACUUAUGGGCCCAUGAGUUUAAAAUGAGUGCAUUGAUGUUGAAAUUGUUUUUCUUAGAAAUUUAUUAUUUUUAUUAAUAAAAUUAAAAAAAAAAAAAAGCAAUU